UGAAGCCUGGCUGGGAAUAUAGCUCAAGAGAGAUGAAGACGUCCAUGACACUCGGGCUACGGUCCAACCAUUGGAUGGGAGAUGCUAUCAACCACAUGUCCCGGGAGCCACAAUCUUGCACCUAGGCACCGGAAGCUGCUUAUGAAACAACAGAGCAACGCUUCGAAAUGCAGCACAAACUUAAUCGGAUAUUGUGCUCGACUCUUCGCCGGUGCAUUCAUUUCUCCGAGCAAAUUCGGGAAAUUCCCUUCCUCCCGGCACUCCGUCUUAUUUGACGGAAGAUGCCGUUCGACGGCAUAUUCCAUUUCGGCUUGCGGCUCUGACCUGCGUCAGCUUCAGACAAAACAAAUCCGAAGUCCAAAGGCUGAUGGCAGCAUGCUGGCUAUUCGGGUAAAGACAGCCGAGGUACAGCGUAUUACCACACCGCUUCCUCUUUUGCUGGCAUUUUUGGUGGCAUCUCACAUUACUGAGCUCGAGGGUGUAAUGUCGGUGAUUAUCGGCCUUUUACAAAGAGAGGAGAUUACUCUAGGCGUGAUAGCUCCUCUCAAGAGAGCAAUACUGGGGAGGGAGAUUGUCAAAAGCCCAACGCCCCUUAGAGAGCAUCGCAAAAGAGCCCCAACUUCUUCCGCGAAACAAAUCUUGUGAGAUGAAGGAACAAUAGAGAUUAAAAGCUGCAAUCAGGUAUCACUAUGACAGAUCCUGAUAGACAUAGACAAAUAAAUAUGAAUAGAUUCAAGUUUUGUAUUCCACACGCUGUGAUAAUGCCUAUACCCAAAUGAAGCGCACCCUAGAACAGCCAUAUGAAGGCUACGAAAGAAAGUAUAU